AUGGCUGGUAGUAGUGGUGGUGGUAGUAGUGGUGAUGGUAGUGGUGAUGGUAGUGGUGGUGGUAGUAGUGGUGAUGGUAGUAGUGGUAGUGGUGGUGGUAGUAGUAGUGGUGGUGGUAGUAGUGGUGAUGGUAGUGGUGGUAGUAGUGGUGGUAGUAGUGGUAGUGGUGGUGGUAGUGGUGGUAGUGGUAGUGGUAGUGGUGGUAGUAGUGGUGGUAGUAGUGGUGGUGGUAGUGGUAGUGGUGGUAGUGGUAGUGGUGGUGGUGGUGGUGGUAGUAGUGGUGGUAGUAGUGGUGGUAGUAGUGGUGGUGGUAGUAGUAGUAGUAGUGGUGGUGGUGGUGGUAGUAGUGGUGGUAGUAGUGGUGGUAGCAGUAGUAGUAGCAGUAGCAGUAGCAGUAGCAGUAGCAGUAGCAGUAGUAGUAGUAGUAGUGGUGGUGGUAGCAGUAGCAGUAGCAGUAGUAGUAGUAAUACUAUUCCACCACGAGCAAACAAUGAUUUUGGUGUAGCAUAA